UUAGGCAAUCUGCAACUGACGAUCAUGGUAGAGAUCAACUGGGAGUUUCAGUUCCGGUACUCGCAACUCAACAUAAACAAUCAAGUUCCCUGAAUAACCUAAGUGUAAAUCAAAACAAACAAAAAUCUCGUGAAAAUUUAAGCGAACAAACCAGCAACAGAACAACUAGUCCAGCUACGCAAAUGUCUUCGGAAUGGAAAACCGUAGGUCAAGAAAAGAAGGCUUGGUUCUUUAUAAACAGAGUUAAAUCUCACGUAACCGAGGAGCAAGUCAAAAAUUACAUUAAAUCCAAAAAUAAUUUCAAGGAUACAACUGUGGAAGUUAAGGAGCUAUCUUUGGCCGGGAAACAUGGUGAUCUGAAGAGCUUUUUGGUCAAAGUUCCUUUUAAACAUAAAGAUGAACUUUAUGACACCGAAUUUUGGCCGGAAAAUGUGGGGAUCAGAAGAUUCAAUUUUCGAGCCUAUGAAAAGAAUCGAACCUCAUCUGAUUUUUUAUAACUGACAAUAAGAACAGAAAAAUUGAUAACUCCAAAAAUUGGUACAGCAUUAUCCAUCAUAACGUCCAAUCAUUGGGAAAUGC